AUGCGCAGCAGCGUCUUCCCUGCAGGGACGGAUGGAGGGGCGGAUGGAGGGGCGGAGAGUAGCAGCGUCUUCCCUGCAGGGACGGAUGGAGGGGCGGAUGGAGGGGCGGAGAGUAGGUAUGUAUGCAGGCAUCAUGGACCGGCACCAUCAAGUUGCAUGAGGCUCUUCCACAGCGUCUUCCCUGCAGGGACGGAUGGAGGGGCGGAUGGAGGGGCGGAGAGUAGGUAUGUAUGCAGGCAUCAUGGACCGGCACCAUCAAGUUGCAUGAGGCUCUUCCACAGCGUCUUCCCUGCAGGGACGGAUGGAGGGGCGGAUGGAGGGGCGGAGAGUAGGUAUGUAUGCAGGCAUCAUGGACCGGCACCAUCAAGUUGCAUGAGGCUCUUCCACAGCGUCUUCCCUGCAGGGACGGAUGGAGGGGCGGAUGGAGGGGCGGAGAGUAGGUAUGUAUGCAGGCAUCAUGGACCGGCACCAUCAAGUUGCAUGAGGCUCUUCCACAGCGUCUUCCCUGCAGGGACGGAUGGAGGGGCGGAUGGAGGGGCGGAGAGUAGGUAUGUAUGCAGGCAUCAUGGACCGGCACCAUCAAGUUGCAUGAGGCUCUUCCACAGCGUCUUCCCUGCAGGGACGGAUGGAGGGGCGGAUGGAGGGGCGGAGAGUAGGUAUGUAUGCAGGCAUCAUGGACCGGCACCAUCAAGUUGCAUGAGGCUCUUCCACAGCGUCUUCCCUGCAGGGACGGAUGGAGGGGCGGAUGGAGGGGCGGAGAGUAGGUAUGUAUGCAGGCAUCAUGGACCGGCACCAUCAAGUUGCAUGAGGCUCUUCCACAGCGUCUUCCCUGCAGGGACGGAUGGAGGGGCGGAUGGAGGGGCGGAGAGUAGGUAUGUAUGCAGGCAUCAUGGACCGGCACCAUCAAGUUGCAUGAGGCUCUUCCACAGCGUCUUCCCUGCAGGGACGGAUGGAGGGGCGGAUGGAGGGGCGGAGAGUAGGUAUGUAUGCAGGCAUCAUGGACCGGCACCAUCAAGUUGCAUGAGGCUCUUCCACAGCGUCUUCCCUGCAGGGACGGAUGGAGGGGCGGAUGGAGGGGCGGAGAGUAGGUAUGUAUGCAGGCAUCAUGGACCGGCACCAUCAAGUUGCAUGAGGCUCUUCCACAGCGUCUUCCCUGCAGGGACGGAUGGAGGGGCGGAUGGAGGGGCGGAGAGUAGGUAUGUAUGCAGGCAUCAUGGACCGGCACCAUCAAGUUGCAUGAGGCUCUUCCACAGCGUCUUCCCUGCAGGGACGGAUGGAGGGGCGGAUGGAGGGGCGGAGAGUAGGUAUGUAUGCAGGCAUCAUGGACCGGCACCAUCAAGUUGCAUGAGGCUCUUCCACAGCGUCUUCCCUGCAGGGACGGAUGGAGGGGCGGAUGGAGGGGCGGAGAGUAGGUAUGUAUGCAGGCAUCAUGGACCGGCACCAUCAAGUUGCAUGAGGCUCUUCCACAGCGUCUUCCCUGCAGGGACGGAUGGAGGGGCGGAUGGAGGGGCGGAGAGUAGGUAUGUAUGCAGGCAUCAUGGACCGGCACCAUCAAGUUGCAUGAGGCUCUUCCACAGCGUCUUCCCUGCAGGGACGGAUGGAGGGGCGGAUGGAGGGGCGGAGAGUAGGUAUGUAUGCAGGCAUCAUGGACCGGCACCAUCAAGUUGCAUGAGGCUCUUCCACAGCGUCUUCCCUGCAGGGACGGAUGGAGGGGCGGAUGGAGGGGCGGAGAGUAGGUAUGUAUGCAGGCAUCAUGGACCGGCACCAUCAAGUUGCAUGAGGCUCUUCCACAGCGUCUUCCCUGCAGGGACGGAUGGAGGGGCGGAUGGAGGGGCGGAGAGUAGGUAUGUAUGCAGGCAUCAUGGACCGGCACCAUCAAGUUGCAUGAGGCUCUUCCACAGCGUCUUCCCUGCAGGGACGGAUGGAGGGGCGGAUGGAGGGGCGGAGAGUAGGUAUGUAUGCAGGCAUCAUGGACCGGCACCAUCAAGUUGCAUGAGGCUCUUCCACAGCGUCUUCCCUGCAGGGACGGAUGGAGGGGCGGAUGGAGGGGCGGAGAGUAGGUAUGUAUGCAGGCAUCAUGGACCGGCACCAUCAAGUUGCAUGAGGCUCUUCCACAGCGUCUUCCCUGCAGGGACGGAUGGAGGGGCGGAUGGAGGGGCGGAGAGUAGGUAUGUAUGCAGGCAUCAUGGACCGGCACCAUCAAGUUGCAUGAGGCUCUUCCACAGCGUCUUCCCUGCAGGGACGGAUGGAGGGGCGGAUGGAGGGGCGGAGAGUAGGUAUGUAUGCAGGCAUCAUGGACCGGCACCAUCAAGUUGCAUGAGGCUCUUCCACAGCGUCUUCCCUGCAGGGACGGAUGGAGGGGCGGAUGGAGGGGCGGAGAGUAGGUAUGUAUGCAGGCAUCAUGGACCGGCACCAUCAAGUUGCAUGAGGCUCUUCCACAGCGUCUUCCCUGCAGGGACGGAUGGAGGGGCGGAUGGAGGGGCGGAGAGUAGGUAUGUAUGCAGGCAUCAUGGACCGGCACCAUCAAGUUGCAUGAGGCUCUUCCACAGCGUCUUCCCUGCAGGGACGGAUGGAGGGGCGGAUGGAGGGGCGGAGAGUAGGUAUGUAUGCAGGCAUCAUGGACCGGCACCAUCAAGUUGCAUGAGGCUCUUCCACAGCGUCUUCCCUGCAGGGACGGAUGGAGGGGCGGAUGGAGGGGCGGAGAGUAGGUAUGUAUGCAGGCAUCAUGGACCGGCACCAUCAAGUUGCAUGAGGCUCUUCCACAGCGUCUUCCCUGCAGGGACGGAUGGAGGGGCGGAUGGAGGGGCGGAGAGUAGGUAUGUAUGCAGGCAUCAUGGACCGGCACCAUCAAGUUGCAUGAGGCUCUUCCACAGCGUCUUCCCUGCAGGGACGGAUGGAGGGGCGGAUGGAGGGGCGGAGAGUAGGUAUGUAUGCAGGCAUCAUGGACCGGCACCAUCAAGUUGCAUGAGGCUCUUCCACAGCGUCUUCCCUGCAGGGACGGAUGGAGGGGCGGAUGGAGGGGCGGAGAGUAGGUAUGUAUGCAGGCAUCAUGGACCGGCACCAUCAAGUUGCAUGAGGCUCUUCCACAGCGUCUUCCCUGCAGGGACGGAUGGAGGGGCGGAUGGAGGGGCGGAGAGUAGGUAUGUAUGCAGGCAUCAUGGACCGGCACCAUCAAGUUGCAUGAGGCUCUUCCACAGCGUCUUCCCUGCAGGGACGGAUGGAGGGGCGGAUGGAGGGGCGGAGAGUAGGUAUGUAUGCAGGCAUCAUGGACCGGCACCAUCAAGUUGCAUGAGGCUCUUCCACAGCGUCUUCCCUGCAGGGACGGAUGGAGGGGCGGAUGGAGGGGCGGAGAGUAGGUAUGUAUGCAGGCAUCAUGGACCGGCACCAUCAAGUUGCAUGAGGCUCUUCCAGUAA